AUGUUGUUGAUCAAUUGUUGGAGGAGGCAGCAUUUUUUACCCUAUUCAAUUGCCUCUGCGCAGCAGAGGCUGGCACUGAAAUCAUACGAGUGGAUCUGUGCUGUGCACCCGAAAUUAUCCAACUUUUCUAAUAUUAUCCGGCUAAUAUGUAUGCAAUACGCAACACUAUAUUCUCACUUGGAUGAGAAAAGUCCAAUCCUCUUCGUCAGUCUUCAGAAACAAAAACAUCGUCAACCGCUACAAAUUGAGCUUAAGCCUCCCACGAAAAAUAUCAACUAUACUUGUGUUAGAUACGAUGAAACGACACAGAAAUGGAUUAAUGACGGUAUUGAACUUUUGGAUUCCAACCGUGACGAUUUUGUCGUUUGCAAAACAUUAUUAACGGGUCGAUUUUCUGUGUUGCCGGUAAUUAUUAGUUUAACUUUCUUUGCUCAUUCUUGA